GACCUUGGCAUUCAAAUGGAAGGUUCAACGUGCUAUGAAUCAAACAAGCCCAGUAAAUCCACCUUUAAGGGUACUUGGCUGGAUUCCAAAACAUUCAGUGUUGCUCUUUCCGAGUGGUGUUCUAACUUUUCAGGUAUAAGAACCGGUAACAGUCUUGGAGCAGAACCGGAAGGAUCUCAGAGGGAGAUGGCGGGCAAGAUCUCGAAGGACGAGCUCGAGGAGCUAAGGGAGGCUUUUGAAAAAGUUGAUCUCAAUGGGAAUGGCUACAUCUGUGACUAUGAGCUACACGAACUAUUCAAGGAGGCUAAUCUUCCUCUCCCUGGCUACAAAGUGCGGGAAAUAAUUCAGAGGCUUAUGGAGGAGGGCGACAAAGACAAGGAUAACAGGAUCAGCUUUGAUGAGUUUGUUUCUAUUUUUCAAGAAUUGAAAAGCAGCGACAUUGCCAAGAGCUUCCGGAAAGCCAUCAACAGGAAGGAAGGAAUUUUGGCUAUCGGUGGCACUUCAGAGCUUUCCAGUGAAGGAACACAGCAUUCUUUCUCAGAGGAAGAAAGGUUUGCCUUUGUAAACUGGGUAAACAAAGCACUGGAGAAUGACCCUGACUGCAAGCAUGUUGUUCCUAUGGAUCCCAAUUCAAACUCUCUGUUCAAAGCUGUUGGAGAUGGAAUCGUGUUGUGCAAAAUGAUCAAUCUGUCAGUACCGGAUACAAUUGAUGAAAGGACAAUAAAUAAGAAGAAGCUGACGCCUUUUACGACACAGGAAAACCUGAAUUUGGCCCUGAACUCCGCCUCUGCUAUCGGUUGCCACGUUGUCAACAUUGGAGCUCAGGACCUACGAGAAGGAAAGCCUCACCUGGUGCUGGGGCUACUGUGGCAGAUCAUCAAGAUUGGUCUGUUUGCCGACAUUGAGCUGAGCAAGAAUGAAGCUUUGGCUGCCUUGCUGCGCGAUGGAGAGACUCUGGAGGACCUGAUGAAGCUGUCUCCUGAAGAGCUGCUCUUGAGGUGGGCCAACUUCCAUCUGGAGAAUGCUGGCUGGAACAAAAUCAACAACUUUAGCUCCGACAUUAAGCUAGCAGACUUCAGUAAUUCAGUAAAGGAUUCAAGGGCCUAUUUCCAUCUCCUGAACCAGAUAGCGCCUAAAGGGACCAAAGAAGGCGAGACACGCAUUGACAUCAAUAUGUCUGGGUUUAAUGAGAAAGACGACUUGAAGAGAGCAGAGUUAAUGCUACAGGAGGCAGAGAAACUGGGCUGCCGACAGUUUGUCACCCCAUCAGAUGUGGUCAGUGGGAACCCCAAGCUGAAUUUGGCUUUUGUUGCCAACUUGUUCAAUAAGUACCCAGCACUGAUAAAGCCAGAGAACCAGGACAUCGACUGGGGGCUGCUGGAAGGUGAGACAAGGGAGGAAAGAACCUUCCGGAACUGGAUGAAUUCUUUGGGUGUGAACCCCCACGUCAAUCACUUGUUUGCUGACCUGCAAGAUGCCCUGGUUAUUCUUCAGCUUUACGAAAAUAUUAAGGUUCGGGUCGACUGGAAUAGAGUGAAUAAACCACCAUAUCCUAAGAUUGGGACCAAUAUGAAAAAGCUGGAGAACUGCAACUAUGCGGUGGACCUGGGUAAAAAAGAUGCUAAAUUCUCCCUGGUGGGGAUUGGUGGACAGGACCUGAACGAUGGCAAUCCUACUCUGACGUUGGCCGUGGUAUGGCAGCUGAUGAGGAGGUACACACUUAAUGUAUUGGAACACUUGGGAGAUGGAGAGAAGGCCACAGAUGAAAUCAUUGUUAAGUGGGUCAAUAAGGCACUAUCGGAGGCUGGCAAGAAAACCAAAAUCCAGAGCUUCAAGGACAAAGAAAUUAGUUCCAGUUUGCCCGUUUUGGACUUGAUUGAUGCCAUCCAACCCAGCUCAAUCAAUUAUGAUUUGGUAAAGACGGGGAGUCUUUCGGAAGAGGACAAACUGGAAAAUGCCAAGUACGCUAUCUCCAUGGCCCGGAAAAUUGGAGCCCGAGUUUAUGCCCUCCCUGAAGACCUAGUGGAGGUGAAGCCCAAGAUGGUCAUGACAGUCUUCGCCUGCUUGAUGGGAAGAGGAAUGAAGAAAGUGUAACGCUGCCACCCUGGUGCUGCAAAGCAAACGUCUUGCCCACAAGCCAUUUUGCUGGUUAAAAGGCUUUUGGUUAAAGGAUUUAAUACAGCCAUCAUUUGAAAUAUCACUACAUUUCUAAACAGUUUUGCUUAGCAAGACAGCAUUGUAAUAAGGGUUCUUCGAGGUUAGAAGCCCUCCCCUCUCUUUUCCCACUCCAAUGGUUUGAUUUGCUAAGGUACACAUUGAAAUGCAUUCAUAUCUUAUGACCCAAAUGUCCAUGUGUUGGUUUAAGCCAUGGAAGGGAACUUGUGUGUUUUAGAAUUUGCAUAUUAAUCUGGGUAACAUUUUCGAGGGGAGGUUUAUAGUUUUGCAGUCGCAAUCUGAAAGGUUUGGGGUUGUUUUAUUAGACUAUACAUCUCGAUCAAAUUAUUUGGAACUUAAACAGGGCUCACUGAAUGCAGUAUUGCUGUUAUGCAGUGCUUUCUUUUGUACCAUUCAAAUGAAUGCUUAUUUUCUUAUUUUUUAUACUUGUAUACCAAAAACAAAGUACAUCCAUAAAUCCAUUCCAGGUAGAAGCUUUAAUACAUUCCACAGUUAUGAACGCAUUUUAGUAUGUGUCUUGCAUAUCUGUAUACUCAGACAUGCUUUUUACAUUAAAAAUUUAAGAGAUAUAGAACUAUGCAUGAAAAACUCAGCAUUUUUAUUUAAAUCAUUAUCCAUUCUGAAAAAAAGCUUUUAUGGCAGGAGAAAUACCAUAUGUCCAGAAGAUGGGGAGUGAGAAAUUUGUUGAAGUUGUACUGUUAAGGGUCAAGGUUAUUUUUACAGCUUGAAAGAGGUGCUGUCACCACUGGUUCACAGAAUUAAACUUUGUUGAGAAAUAAUUAAAGGUUGUGGCUGUAUUAUGCUUUGUAAUUUCUGGAUAAAAGUUUAUUGAAUAAAAACUUCAUUGUAACAAAACCUGUAACUUGGUGACAACUCGUUAACUAGAAUAAAUCUAUUUCCAGCAGA